UAUAUUUCCAAUCACAACCCAAAAUGGCCGCGAAGAUAAGGAAGUAAAUAGAAAAUUAUUUUAAAAUAUGCAAGAUAUCGACGGAAUUAGAAGAGAUAUUGUAGCUAUGUCGGAGCUAUGAGUAGAAGAAAGAGUUCUGUUUUACAGACCUACAUACAUUGGUGUAAUUCUGUUUUACCAGAUAAUGAAUGUGUUAAAGGGAUUGCUGAUUUCCAAGAUGGUUCAAUUUUUCUGAAACUGAUAACGCAGCUUUAUCCUCGUGCAGUUUUUCCAGGAAAUACUUCAAGUAAGACAGGCGCAAGGACCUUAAUAGAAUACUUUAACAGUCAGGGAAUCAAACUUUCUGUGAACACAAAAGAUUUAUACAACGGAGACGCCAAGUCAUUCCUUGAUGUUCUCUGGGCUAUAAUCCUCAACUUCUCCAUACACACACCAGAGCGUAGUGGUGAACAAAGAACAGUUCGGAUUGGGCGAAAGUUAUUGCUGGACUGGUGUCAAUUAUUCUUACCUCAUGAUUCAUUGGACAAUCAUGAUAGCCUAGUGCAAAACCUCUGUCAGAAUGACCGCUUACAGAAGCUGAUUCUCAAUUCUUGCUCUGGUGAUCAUAAGGUUGACGUAACAGAUCUAGAGGGAGUUUUACUAUUGGCUGAGCAGAAAUUUGGAAUAAGGAAGAAUAUUAUCAGUAAUCAUGCUGUCAUAGAGGGGACAAUUGAUGAACAUGGUUUACUGAUAUACCUAAGUGCAUUACGUCACAAGGUGCAUUGUGGUAGAUUUCCUACAGGUGACCUCACAAAUUCUGGGAUGAGUUGGUAUACUUCUAGCGCCUCCUCUGUACAGACGGAGGGGCUGAAUGAUACGGGGCUAUCUGAUUGGUCAACAGAGGGAGGUGGAGCGCCAUCUGUUGAUGAUCUUCUAAGGAAAAAGGCAGAGUCUGACACAGCCAUAAAACUUCUAGAGGAACAACUGAAGAUUUUCCAGAAGGUGAAGCAGGACACUAUCUCCAGCUUAAGUGCUGCUACAUAUAAAGAUGUUUCAUUGGAUGAAAGAAAGCAAGCAACAGAUUCCCACAAUGCAACACCAAAGUUUGACCAAUCAGUGCAAUCGAUUCAAGACUCAUAUGAUGUACAAAUCAAAGACCCCUUGAAUUCUCAUAAACUAAACAUAGAUGAUAUCUCAUUGGACUCGCCAUCUGAAUUUGAAAUAAGUUACAACAAUAUCAACACAUCCAGCCAAUUAAUGGAGCAAAAAGAUGACACAUCUUCAUCAAUAUUAGCUGUAGCCUCUGAUAGAUUCUCUCAAUACAAUAUUGGAGAUAACUUAAAUAUUCAGUCUUUAAAAUCAAAAUCAGAUACAGAUGAUAACAUCAGCUGUGCAUCCAUGAAAUCUAAAAGUGAUGGAAACCUCUUUGAUGAGGACCCAUGUAUAAAAGCCCAAAAAUCGAGUGGAUUUCAACUUAUUCAAGCUUAUGACAGCCCUGAGAAACAUAUUGAAAAUGACAAUACAGAAAGUGACUCAGAGGAUAACUCUAAAAUUAUUGAAUUUAGCGAAAUGUGUGAUGUUGAGAACGAUGGAUAUGAAGUGCCUCACGACUCAAGAUUUCGGGAAAAUCGGGUCCAUUUUGAGCCUCACCACUAUGAAGAAAUUCAUCACUCACAAAGUGAUCUCUAUGAGAAUGUCAAUCAGGAAAUGCCAAAUAAUACUACAGGUUCUGAGCCUUUAUACGAGGAAAUUCCAUACCAUAAAAAUGAUCUCAAAGACAGUGUAGAAGAUAACAAGAGGAACAAUCAUGAAGAUUUUACUACUUAUAGACAAACUCAAAAAGGUCACGAUCGUGAUGAAAAUAUUUAUGAAUCUUUAGAUGAUGAUCAGGCAUCUGUUGAGUCAGCGCCACCUAUCCGUCCAGAGAGUAUGUUGAGCUCAUUGCGCUCUGAAGCCACGUCGCAAUGGUUUGAGUCAUCCGCAGGCUCACUUUUGCUACGUGAUUCAAUGAAUGACUUUGAUUAUGAUGUCGAUGAUAAUGAGGAUGCCAUCGAUGAUGUCACUGUUGAAAUGUCAGACACUAUUCGUGAUGCUGUGACUCAUCAUCUGGACCUUGAUGGAUCUCUUUCUAAUAGCGGAUCACUAUCUUAUGAAGAUAGCUAUGAGGAAGAUAUUACCAACAAAGAUCAAUAUGAAGAUGACCAUCGUGCAACGCCAGAAGAUAUGCAUGGAAAUAUUGAAGCUAAAACUGAUCACCACAAUGUUAACUAUAGUCAAAGCAAGGUUGUUGAGAAUUGCCAUAAACACAUUGAAGCAGAACAUCAUAGUGAUGAACACAGUGGCAACAUGGACAAUGGUGCUGACCUUAAACCUGGACAUCAACAGCAAGAUGCCCAAAUUGAGCAAACUGAACAUCAGUAUACUCUUGAUGACUAUGAAAGAGAAACUGAUACUAAUGGCAUUCCAGAACAUUUACGAAUGACCAUGCAAUAUUCAAAAUUCCUGCCAAAUCCGUUUAAUCACCAGCAAAAUUCCAGUCCUUCAAAAUAUAGUCAUUCAUCUUAUACAAAGCCUUUUAAGUAUAGUCAAUCACAAAACACCAGUCCAUCAAAGUAUAGUCAGUCAACGAGCACAAGCCCAUUCAAAUACAGCCAGUCUCAAAGCACAAGUCCUAUAAAAUAUAGUCCAUCUUCAAACUCAGGCUUAUCUAGAUAUAGCCAGGGUCAAAGCACAAGUCCUUCCAAAUAUACAGAUACUCAUGUCAACAUCGGAGAGGUUUAUUCAAAGACUGUGAACAGUGAAAAAAUCACGUCAAAACGAACAUCACCAAAAGCUUAUGGAUUAUAUGAUAGUAAUAAGGAUGAGCUUGAGAAAACAAGUAGUGAAUUACAGAAGUAUAUGAGAUUGAAUACAGAAGAUCUCAAAAAGGAAAUGCCACCUGAUGAACUUAGUGAUGAAAUGGUUGUUAAGUUUCUUGACCAUGUUAAUGCUCUCGAGAAACAAGAGCAGGGUGACACUAAGGAACAAGAUGUCCUUAUAGAGGAGUUUGAAGGUGAUUGCCCACCUGUACGGGAUGAACUACUUGAUCUCCUUGACAUCAUUGGAGCCCAAGGUGUUUUGUUGAAAACUGAAGUUGCUAUGUCUAAAGUUAAUGAAAAUCAAUUAAAGGAGGAGUUGGAGACUGUUGUGCAGAAAAAUCAACUAGCAUCGAGCUCAACUAUUUCUGAAAACAAUGCAGAAAUUGUGAACAAACUCGCAGAUGAAGUCAGUACAUUAAGAAAUGAAAACUCUAGUUUUUAUAAGGAAGUUAACACAUUAAAAUCAGUCAAUGCAAAGAAUGUACAAUUGAUUGAAGAAUACAAAGCCACAAUAAAGGAUCUCCAAGAAAAGGUUGAUGUGUUUGAGAAAGAGAGAAUAACCAGGGAAGGUAAAGCAUAUAAAGACCAGUCAAUGAUAACAGACCUGGACCUUAUCACAAGUGAAACACAGACAGACACAAGUGCUCCAAUGUUUGAUGAAAAUGUACAAACAAGUUUUGGCCAACAUGUUGAAAACAUUCAGGUUCAAACAGAGAUGACUCUUACCUCAGAUCAAGAAACUAACACAUCUAUGUCAGAAACAACAAAUGUUGGGAAUACAAAUAUUGUAUCAGAAACAGAUCAAACAAAUGGAUACUCAGAACAUAGGAGUGACUCAAAUCACACUUCACAACAUGUUAGAGACCAAACAGAAAAUGGGAAUGAGCCCAUAGUUCAGACAAGAGCUGACAUAAGAAAUGACUCAGAUGAAGUGACAUGGCUGAAACGUGAUAUGGCAAGCCUGCAGGUCGAAAAUGAGAUCUUACAAAGGAAGCUAACGGCCGCUAACGAGCAACUUACAAAAACUGUAAGUGGAGUGUCAACCUUAUUAGACACCUCAAAGGAGGAACAAUCAAGAUUCAAAAUUGAGAAUCAGUCCAUGAAAGCAGAACUUGUUAAGAAAAAUGAUGAAAUUGAUACACUUGAAGCCAAAGUCCAAGGAUUAAAUGAAACCCUGGAAUAUUCCGAUCAGGAAAAGGUGAAAUUGAAUGAAAUGUUAAAUGAGACCAAGGGAACUCUGCAUAGCACAAUUAAAACACUGGAACUCGAGCCCAAUAAGCUAAUUCAGGAUAAUUCCUAUCUUGUGCAGAGACUCACUGUAGCUAAUCAGGAGAGAGAUGCGCUUAGAAAGGAACUUAGUGGGUUGCGAUCAUCUAACAUACCUCCAAGUGCUGCACACUCACCCCACAGUGAUCCUAAAUCAUCAAAGGUAGAGGAAGAUAUAAAGGGACUGCAUGAUAAAUAUAAGGACCUCAGCACUAGCGUGCAGUUUAUGCAGAAACAUUACUGGCUGGACCAAAUAAAACAAAGUGGGCCAGAACCAGGGAGAGGCUCUAAGUAUGUAGCCAGUUUGGGCUCCAAGGCAAGUACAGGAGGUGCAGACAAAGAUAGGAUUAAAGCUCUGGUGUUAGAUGCGUUUGGCUUGAACAAUAGACAUACCCAAAGUGCAGUAACAAGUUCUAGGCUACAGUCAGACUAUCCAGGAACAGCAAGUUCUGGAAAAAAUCCUGAAGACUUGAGUCAACCUCCUGUCUCUUCACAAGGAAAGUAUCCCAUAUCUAGUAGAUCAGUAACAUCAGGUAGUAAUGUUACAUCAUAUUCUAGCUCACCAACAAAGCAAUCUGCUUUUCAAGAUAUCACUUUUGCAGAACCUUUAAUGACAAGUAGUCCUACUGUACCGAAUAAGACCAAAUCACGGCCUGGAAUGACAAGACCACAGUCAUCUGUGUCUAGAACACAGCCAACCAAUAACAAACCUUUGUCAAUGUCAGGCGCAACACAACCAAAAUCAUUAGCAUCUGUUCCACGACGUGAGCAAGAGUUUGUAGAUAAUGACAACAAACGGGAGAUCUAUCCACAUAAAAAGAACUAUAAGCCAAGACGUACAUCAUUCCUCACACAGCAUGAUGAUUCAUACGAUGACACAAUUUAUGACGUCAUGUCAGAUGAUGAACUCGAGAAUACUCGAAUAAAACUUCAAGUGAAUGCUUUAUCUAAAAGUGAUCCAAACAACUCAAAUAAAUCGAAUAUAAAUGUGUCUCCCACAAGCCAAAAAACAACUUUUGCUCAAAGAUGGAGAGAGCAUUACAACAUGGAGCCUAACCCAAAUAGAAGUAAUCGAUCAAUUGAGAGAACUACUCAAUCAACAGGAAGUUCUCCAGUACAAAAGAGCACCCAGGAAGGAUUAAGAGUUUCCAAGACUGAGGCUUGGAAAGAAAUGAAGCAUGUGUCACCAGAGAACAGGUCAAAACUUUCCCGGGAACAACAAAAUAAAGUGAACGAAAUAGUGGACAAAUACACAAAACCUUCCCCUCCUAAAUAUAGCAGCAUUUAUGGACAUCUAGCCAACUCUUAUGGGGGGAAUCAGCUGAACCCUAGUGCCAUAGGGGAUUACAAUACAAGGAUUCCCCCAACUAGUGUCAGAUCAACUAGCUUGUCUUAUGGUGGUUUAUCAGGAUUAUCUCAUAACACAUACUCAGGCAGAGUUAUAGCAAAUGGUACUAGUGUCACUAGUAAUGGUACUGGUGUCCCUACUGAUGGUACUAGUGCCAAAACAGAUGGUAGGGGUACUUCUAUAUAUGGAAUGACUAAUGAAACUACAACACCAAAAGCUACCACAUCUACAAUGAUGUCUUAUGGAAAUGGGACUACUUUGUAUGGUGCAACAAUACCAAAUCAAAUGAAUAGUGCACCAUCUCAUGGUGGAUUGAUACAAAACAAUAAAUCACCAGACCACCAAGUAACUAUUUCUAACAGGACUUCAGUAUUUGAUAAUCUCAGAGAAAAAUCAGAACAGCGAUCUAAAACAUUUGAUAAAUACUCAAAGAAAGUAAAAAAUCAGAUUGAAAAAAGAAAUGAGACUUUGAAUCAAGAUUCGUAUUCUAAAAUACAGGUAUACUCUGACUCAAAGGACUUUGUAUUUUCAUCUCCUGUUCACGCAAACUCAAACAAACAGAAUUAUGACGCAGACAGGAGUCAAACUUUAUCAGUUUCUGAUCUGAACUAUGAUACAGGAAUGUCAGUGGGAUAUCCUAGUAUAGAUGGCGUACCUGUCUUACCUGAGCCUCCAAGGAAACGCACGCUUCACAGGUUUCAUGAUAUUUAUGAUGAUGAGAUCUCCUCUCAGGAUUCAGGAUGGACAAACACAGAUGAAGAUUUCCACCGCAUUCUCCAUACAACUGCAGACACUGCUACGGAUUACACUAGCUCUUCCUAUAGCUAUCUAAAGUGA